UUGUUUCGGGCCGCGUGGGAACGCUUGCCCGGCAUUUCUCAAUGGGUGUUACGCACAAUUUGUCACGGAUACACCAUUCAGUUUCGGAAAGGCCCGCCCCCUUUCCGCGGAAUUCUCUCCACGGUGAUGAAACCGAUGGACAUGGCGGUGCUGAGACAGGAAAUGUUAGCUCUACUGAGCAAAGGGGCUAUAGAAGAAGUACACCCCUCUCAGAUGGAGUCAGGGUUUUACAGCCGUUAUUUUGUGGUACCAAAAAAGGACGGCGGAUUACGACCCAUUCUGGAUUUACGCCGUCUAAAUCUUGCACUCAGGUCGAGCAAAUUCAAGAUGCUGACGGUAAAAUCUAUUUUGUCUCAGAUUCAACCAAACGACUGGUUUGUCACGAUCGAUCUGAAGGAUGCUUACUUUCAUAUUCAGAUCAUCGAGAGACACCGGAAGUUCCUCAGAUUCACUUUGGAGGGCAAAGCGUAUCAGUACCGCGUUCUUCCCUUUGGCUUAGCGCUAGCUCCCCGUACAUUCUCAAAAUGCAUGGACGCAGCUCUGGCCCCGUUGCGGCUCCGGGGCGUCCGUGUGUUAAACUAUCUGGACGACUGGCUGGUGUUAGCGCACGUGAGACUGUGCCUCAGACUACUAGGUCUAAUGGCGGCGGCGCUUCCCGUGAUUCAUCUGGGUUUGCUUUACAUGCGCCCGUUUCAGUGGUGGACGAAACGACAGAAUAUUUCACCCCGUUGUUCUCCGCAUCGAACGAUCUCGGUGACGCGGAGGUGUGUGAUGUCGUUAAAGCAAUGGACAUCAGCCGAAUUUCUCCUCACCGGGGUUCGGCUGGGAAUUUGUGCUUCCCGAGAGACUGUCACGACAGACGCGUCUUUGACCGGGUGGGGAGCUGUUUGUCAGGGGCGCCCAGCCCACGGAGUGUGGACAGCGGCACAACGCAGCUGGCACAUAAACAAAUUGGAAUUACUGGCGGUUUUUCUGGCUCUCCAGUAUUUUUCGAGUCUACUGACCGGCCGUCAUGUGCUUCUCAGAACGGACAACACUGCGGUCGUGGCUUAUCUGAACCAUCAGGGAGGAUUACGUUCUCGCCCUCUGUGCAGACUGGCGAGGCGGAUUCUUCUUUGGUCUCACGACAAAUUUCUGUCGAUCCGGGCUGUUCACAUCCCUGGACGACUGAACUUCGGAGCGGAUUUAUUAUCCAGGCAGACUCUGGAACAAGGGGAAUGGAGAUUACACCCCCAAACGGUGAAUCACCUAUGGCAUAUUUUCGGGGAAGCGGAAGUGGAUUUAUUCGCGUCGAGCACGACUACGCAUUGCCCGCUAUGGUUCUCCCUAAGCCCUCCAUCACCCCUGGGUCUGGAUGCGCUAGCUCACAGCUGGCCCAGGACCAGCUUGUAUGCGUUUCCUCCGAUUCGGCUGGUCCCAGCGGUAUUAUGCAGAAUACGGCGGGACAGAGUGGGACAGCUGUUGCUGGUGGCUCCGCGAUGGCACACACAGCCGUGGUUUGCGGAUCUCAUCAAUCUGUUAGCGGGCUCUCCGGUGGAGAUUCCCCUCAGACGGGAUUUAUUAUCGCAAGCACAGGGACGGAUCUGGCAUCCCAGACCAGAUCUGUGGAACCUGUGGGCGUGGCCUCUGAGCGGAGUGAGUUGA